CCACCACCAUCAGCAGCACCCAGCAGCAACUUGCCUCACCGCACCUCUCGCAUCUCAAAGCCCGCCUCAUCGCGUCCGCACUGACAUGUCCGUCAUGUCCGCCUUCACGCGCCCCAUCAACCUCUUCGCGGGUGCUGCGCUGCUCACCGGCGCCUACGCCUUCGCACAGCGCCGCUCGGCGCUGCACGCCUCCAGCCUGCCCGGCGGGCGCGACGUGCGUCCCGAGCGCAGCGGUGGAGGCAUCUGAAGCGCCUGCCUCGCCGACGCGCGCGGCGCUCCGGCCCUCUAGUUCGCACAAGUCUCUCAAGCUCUGUCUCUGGUCCUUCUGCUCGUCCGUCAUCGACUCUCUCUUUCUCUCUCUUGCACCUGUACAACUCCUCUGCAAUUCACUCAUCCUCCUC